AUGUACUCAAAGUCAGUGUUUUCAGCGAAAAACACACUGCUGACAACAUCAAGAAGAAAAAGCAAAAAUGUGUUGGAGAAAUUUGGGAUCAAAAACAACAUUUAUUACAUUGUGUCUAAUGGGUGUCGGAAUAACAAUGGACUGUCGGAUGUUUGUGGAGAGAAAUUGAAUUGUAUUGUUCAUGGGAUUAACUUGGUAUUUUCAGACUUGAUCAAGAAUAUUCCAGAACUCAACAAAAAACUGAAGAUGUUGAAUAAGGUGUCGAAAACUUGUCAAGUAUCACAUUCAACACGCGUUUUGUUAAAGAAGAAGUGUGAAGAGAACGAUGAGAAGUAUUGUUUUCUUGCAACAUUUUGCAAAACAAGGUUCAACUCUUGUUGUAAAUCCCUUGAAACUGCACUUCAGAUGGAGAAGUCUAAAAAUGACACAAGUGGAACAAACCAGUUUACAAAUGAAAAUUGGGUGUAA